CUCCGGACAUGCGCAGUGUGUAACUGUCUACUCGGGCCUGAGCAGGAGGUGGUUGUGUUAUCCCGCCACCGGUGUCUGAUCCUUCAGAAUGAGCGGCUUCAGCUUUGGGACGGGACCCCCCGCCGGAGGGUUCAGCUUCGGAGCGGCCAAGACGACGGCGGCAUCAACGGCAACAACGUCCGCCGCCCCGACCACCGGCUUCAGUUUCGCUGGCACGCAGGCGAAUGCCGCUUCCCAGCCCCAAUCCAGUUCGCUCUUCUCCUUCUCCACUCCGGUGGCGUCGGCACCGUCCGCGGCGCCAACAGCCGGAUUUUCUUUUGGCGCAACAACAACGCCGGCUGCGGCACCUGCGGCGGGGCUGAUGUUUGGGAGCUACGGCCACAGAUCGUCAGCACGCAACCUACUUCUGGAUGUGCCUGGCUCCCCUAUGUCAUUACUAUCGGAAAUAGUAAUAUGGGUGGAGCUACACAGCCUGCUGUUGGUGGAGCUGCACAGCCUGGCUUUGGAGGAGCUGCACAGCCUGGCUUUGGAGGAGCUGCACAGCCUGGCUUUGGAGGAGCUGCACAGCCUGGUUUUGGUGGAGCUGCGCAACCUGGUUUUGGUGGAGCUGCGCAGCCUGGUUUUGGUGGAGCUGCGCAACCUGGUUUUGGUGGAGCUGCGCAGCCUGGUUUUGGUGGAGCUACGCAGCCUGGUUUUGGUGGAGCUACGCAGCCUGGUUUUGGUGGAGCUACGCAGCCUGGUUUUGGUGGAGCUGCGCAGCCUGGUUUUGCAAGCUCAGCAUGCUCUUGGCGGGGCCGCACAGCAAGCUCAGCAUGCUCUUGGCGGGGCCGCACAGCAAGCACAACAUGCUCUGGGCGGGGCCACACAACAUGCUCUGGGCGGGGCCACACAGCCUGUUCAGAAUGCAAACUUCCCUUUUGGAACGACAACCGCACAGACGCAGCCAUCUCUCACCGGAGGCUUCUCCUUUUCUGGCCAACCAACGACGGCCGUCUCCUCUACUACAAAUCCAGUGAGCGCCGCCAACACUCAGGCAGGCGCAUCCUUCCUCGCGUCAGCAUUUGGCACAGCACCAACCACCGUCCAGUUGGCCACCGUCGCCGCUACCCUCGCCUCGGCACACGCCUCUGCUAGUCAGCCGACCGCCACGAUGUUUUCGAAACCACUUGAGGUGGCACCAGCAUCGACGGCGACAUCUUCAGCCAGCAUUUCGUCUAUCGGCUCCCUCCUGGCCACUUCUGCGCCAUCUCUUUUUUCACUUAGUACCACAACCGCUUCAGGUCCUGACGGGAAGAGUCCGUUCCCUUGUACAGCCCCCUCCUUCUUUGCACGCCUUAGCCUUCUCCUGGUCCAGGAGUUUCUAACUAUGAGCUCUGCUGGCCCAGCUCCUCCACCCCUCCCUGCUGCGCCGGCCGUCAUGACCUACGUGCAACUCGAAAACCUGAUCAACAAAUGGAGCUUAGAGCUUGAGGAUCAGGAAAAGCAUUUUCUGCAGCAAGCCACGCAAGUCAACCUCUGGGACAAGACCCUGAUAAGCAAUGGGGAGAGGAUAACCUCGUUGCAUAGAGAGAUGGAGAAGGUGAAACUGGAUCAGAAGAGGUUGGAUCAGGGAUUAGAUUUCAUCCUCUCUCAGCAGAAGGAGCUGGAAGAUAUCCUGAGCCCUCUGGAGGACUCGGUCAAGGAGCAGAACGGGACCAUCUACCUCCAGCACGCAGACGAAGAAAGAGAGAAGACGUACAAGCUGGCAGAAAACAUCGACGCACAACUGAAACGCAUGUCCCAGGAUUUGAAGGAUGUCAUCGAACAUCUGAACACGUCCGCCGGACCCGGAGACACCAGUAACCCGCUCCAGCAGAUCUGUAAAAUCCUCAACGCUCACAUGGACUCGCUGCAAUGGGUUGAUCAGAACUCUGCUCUUCUUCAGAGGAAAGUGGAACAGGUGACGAAGGAAUGCGAGACUCGGAGGAAGGAGCAGGAGAGAGGAUUGCCUCUGGCGUUUGAUUAAAGUUUAACGAAUG